AUGCUAUCACAUAGUGCCAUGGUGAAGCAAAGGAAGCAGCAGGCAUCAGCCAUCACAAAGGAAAUCCACGGAAACGAUGUAGAUGGCAUGAACCUGGGCAAAAAAGUCAGUAUCCCCAGAGACAUCAUGAUAGAAGAGUUGUCCCAUUUCAGUAAUCGUGGUGCCAGACUCUUUAAGAUGCGUCAAAGAAGAUCUGACAAGUACACCUUUGAAAAUUUCCAGUAUGAAUCAAAGGCACAAAUAAAUCACAAUAUUGCCAUGCAGAAUGGGAAAAUUGAUGGCAGCAACCUUGAAGGUGGUCCACAGCAAGCCCCCUCGACUCCUCCUAACACCCCAGAUCCACGAAGCCCCCCAAAUCCAGAGAACAUUGCACCAGGAUACUCUGGACCCCUGAAGGAAAUCCCUCCUGAAAGGUUCAACACGACAGCCGUUCCCAAAUACUACCAGUCGCCCUGGGAGCAGGCCAUUGGCGGCGACCCUGAGCUCCUGGAGGCUCUGUACCCAAAACUCUUCCAGCCGGAAGGAAAGGCAGAACUGCCAGAUUACAGGAGCUUCAACAGAGUUGCCACCCCAUUUGGAGGUUUUGAAAAAGCAUCAAAAAUGGUUAAAUUCAAAGUUCCAGAUUUUGAACUACUUCUGCUAACAGAUCCCAGGUUCAUGGCCUUUGCCAAUCCUCUUUCAGGCAGACGGUCCUUUAACAGGACUCCGAAGGGAUGGAUAUCUGAGAAUAUUCCUGUAGUGAUCACAACUGAGCCUACAGAAGACACCGCUGUGCCAGAAUCAGACGACCUGUGA